AACCGGAAGUGUUACACUUUUUCCUUCACGAACUCAGUUUGCUUUAGUGAUCGCUGAACUCUUCUGUGAAGAGGGAAAAAGAAAAACAAUUAUUGAUUUAAUUGUUACUUUAAGGUCAAACGUUGAUUGAAUACAGGACCCCGGUCUACCCCUUGCUGGUUUUUGCUACGCCCAAACUAUAAUUCGUUAUGUCUAUUGAGGGAUCAUUUUCCAUCUGAAAGCAACGUGUGUCACAAAUUGCAAGUCUGUCAUUAGUUGUUUUCAUUUCUAAUGAUUUAUUAUAGAAAAGUAUAUUCAUUUUGGAAGCUUAAUUAUUAGGAAGAGAUCGUGUCGAUCACACUGCUUUUGUUUCGAGCCUCGUUGGCUGUUUGACCUAAGCAAAGUUUUCUAUCGCUGCUGACCCAGUGCACUGGGAUGUACCUCAGCGGAGGAAAUGGUUAACUGUCUUUGGACAUCCUCCUGUUUUCCGGGAUAGUCGUUUUUAGGUGUGCAGUGACAUUCAGGAGACAUGUGACUGUUGUGGAUGAGGUGUGAACAGCUGGAGAGAAACCGGAGGAGACUGGACUGCAGCGUUUUUCUGUUAGGAAUUCUUGUGGGGGGUGGGUGGGGGUGCUGGACUGCGCACACACCCCUCAACACUCAUCAAGACAUUGCAACAUGAACACUACCUCCUCCUCUGAAGAGGGAGAUGGCAUUAUCCACUAUGUGCUGCUGCCAAUCUUCUUCAUCGCCAUCGUUGGGGUUUCUGCUGCUGGGGUGCUGUACAUGUCUAAGAAGAGAAGGAUCGAUCGAUUGCGUCACCAGCUGGUUCCUGUCUAUACGUACGACCCGUUGGAGGAGGAGGAGGAGGAGGAGGAGGAAGAGGAGACGGAACGGGAUGUCCUGUUGAGGAGCGAAAAUGCAGAGGCGAUUCAGGGCUUGACAGGGUUCUAUCAGCAUGAGCACCCCCUACUGGUGAAGAACGGCAGUGCAUGAUAAGCUGGUAAUGUGCUGAAGCCAGAUAGCGUUGUAGUCAUGCAUGAGGACCACACCCACUUCUCACACCGUCUUUCCUUAUCCUAUUUAAUCCUCUGUACUGAACAGGAAUAGUUUCUCAUGAGUGACACGCCUUUCCCUUUACCUCACCAUUACUGUGUAUUUCACAAUUAUUUAAUAUUUAUAAUAAAAAAAAACCCAGCUUGAAUCAGAUUUAAUGAUCCAAGGUCCAAAAGUGGGUUACAUACCUUUUUUAGUUACAUCUGUGCAGUGAUUAAAAUUUUUUUAAAAGAAGUUUCUUUAAUGCUGUAAUAUGAGCACCUUUAACAGAACAGAAAUACAGAUAUACAAAGAGAAAGACAUCUUGCAGAAAGGUACUGUUUACAAACAUAAAACUGUCCCUCCAGGGAAAACGAGCAGUAAACUGUCAAAUUUUUUAAAUCUUUUUUUAAAAAUCAUGAACAUUCCAUCUCUCUGACUGUUUAGACCACCUGUGAAGUGUCGUCUUUGGCAGUUUUAGAACAACACCUCAGUACAGCGAUUCACCGUGGUUAAACAUGUCAUAUCCUGUCUGAGUAAAAUGUAAACAUGCAGGGCUUAUCUUUCAAAUGAUGUCAUCUGUAGCAAUAGUUGAGCCACUUCCGAAUGUUAUACUAUGCUGGUAUCCAGUUGUGCUUGUGUCCUGGGUUGCCAUUGGUGACCGGGCUCUGUAUGAAUAUAGGGACAAAAUGGCGUCUUUCAAAUCAUGCAAAAAGUUUUAUGAGUGCUAAUGUUUCCCUGCCAUUGAUGUUUAGAUUUUGAAAAGCAUUGUUUGUAAAUUUUAAUGUUUUUUUUUUUUGAUAGGAAGUCAACAUGCAAAAAAAAAAAGCUAAAAGUAUAUCUUGGAAUAAGAAUAUUUUUUCUAGUUGAGAGAUUUUAACGAUGUUAAAUAAUGUUAAAAUAAAGACUGCGUUAUACCCAUUUA